UAUUUCGUUACAUCAAUCAAAACAAGAAACACAAAAUAUUUAACAGCAUGAACUUUGGAUAGGUGGGGAGUACAGCCCAUCGGAUGUAGGAUUUUCAAAAUCGAGGUGGGAAUAGUGUAGGAAUGUCCAGAAGGAUUUUAGGCCUCAGCAUUAAAUCAUUUACAUUACUGCGAAGAACCCCGAUCCAUCCAUUUGAGCUGGUGAAUUUUUAAGGACUCGAGAAUUUCACUAGGAGUUUCUGCGAUUGCAAGGAACCCCGAAAAAUGGCUCCUGAGGGAGUCCUGAUGGGCUUUGGCAAUCCCCUGCUGGACAUCACAUGCACCGUCGAGGACAAUGUGAUCUUGGAGAAGUACGGCCUGGAAGCGAAUGCAGCCAUCAUUGCCGAGGAGAAGCACGAUGCCCUGUUCGACGAGCUGAUGAACAUGGAGAAUGUCAUCUAUUCAGCGGGGGGAGCCUCAAACUCCAUGAGAAUCUUCCAAUGGAUCGUGCAAACCCCAUUUCGAGCCGUCUUCACCGGCGCCGUGGGCAAGGACAAACUGGGCGAUCGCAUCGAGAAGAGGGCCAGAGCGGAUGGCUUACUAACACUCUACCAGCUGAAGGACGAACUGCCGACAGGAUCUUGCGCGGUGAUCAUCAAUGGCCCGAACCGCUCCUUGGUGGCCACUGGGGCCGCCUCGCUCUUCACCGAGGAUUGGGUGGACGAGGAUGAGAACGAGUGUGCCUUGAGUCGGGCCAUGUACUUCUACUUCACGGGCUUCUUUCUGGCCGUCUGCGCACCAGUCGUGGAACGCAUCGCAAGAAUGUGCUGCGAGUCCAACCGCAUAGUGAUCCUCAACUUCAGCGCCGUGUUCGUGCUGCAGAUGCAGCGGGAGGCACUGUCCAAUAUCCUUCAGUACGUGGACAUCAUCAUCUGCAACAAGGAAGAGGCCAUUGCCUUUGGAGACACCAACGACUGGAAGACGAAGAACGUCUUUGAGAUCGGUUCUCGGCUGCAAAAGUUGCCCAAGACCAACGUCCGCCCUCGCUUGGUCAUGAUCACGGAUGCCGUGUGCCCGGUCCUGGUUUUCCAGGAAAACGAUCGCAUCCUGGAGUACCCGGUGCCCAAAGUGAAACCUGGCGAGGUCUUUGACACGAACGGCUGUGGCGACGCCUUCGUCGGCGGAUUGGCCAUGUACGUCCAGAGGAUGCUGGACUACUGCAUCCGCACGGGUAUAUUCGCAUCCCAGCAGGUCCUAAACGUAGUUGGCGUUCAGAUCGACAAACUUCCAAAGUUCAGCGAAAAAUGCAUAUGA